UGGGAUGGGUAAUCUUCUUAAAGUCCUUACCAGGGAAAUUGAAAACUAUCCACAUUUUUUCCUGGAUUUUGAAAAUGCACAGCCCACAGACGGAGAAAGGGAGGUAUGGAAUCAGAUCAGUGCCGUUUUGCAGGACUCGGAAAGUAUGCUUGCAGACCUUCAGGCCUACAAAGGAGCUGGACAGGAAAUUAGAGAUGCGAUACAGAAUCCCAAUGAUAUCCAGUUGCAAGAAAAAGCAUGGAAUUCAGUAUGUCCUCUGGUUGUAAGACUGAAGCGCUUUUAUGAGUUUUCACUCAGAUUAGAGAAAGCCCUGCAGAGCUUAUUGGAGUCCUUGACGUGCCCACCAUAUACUCCAACCCAGCAUCUGGAACGGGAACAGGCUCUAGCGAAAGAAUUUGCAGAAAUCUUACAUUUUACUCUUCGUUUUGAUGAGCUUAAGAUGAGAAACCCAGCCAUUCAGAAUGACUUCAGUUAUUAUAGGCGAACAAUAAGUCGCAACAGAAUAAACAACAUGCAUCUAGACAUUGAGAAUGAAGUAAACAAUGAAAUGGCCAAUAGGAUGUCCCUGUUUUAUGCAGAAGCCACACCAAUGCUGAAAACACUCAGCAAUGCAACUACACAUUUUGUAUCAGAAAACAAAACGUUACCAAUUGAAAAUACAACGGACUGUCUAAGUACUAUGGCUAGCGUAUGUAAAGUCAUGUUGGAAACACCAGAGUACAGGAGUAGAUUCACCAGUGAAGAGACCCUUAUGUUCUGCAUGCGAGUAAUGGUGGGAGUUAUUAUUCUGUAUGAUCAUGUCCAUCCUGUGGGAGCUUUCUCAAAGACAUCAAAGAUUGAUAUGAAGGGAUGCAUCAAAGUUUUAAAGGAACAACCACCUGACACUGUGGAAGGGCUUCUGAAUGCUCUCAGGUUCACUACAAAACACCUGAAUGAUGAAUCUACUUCAAAACAAAUUCGAGCUAUGCUGCAGUAGUAUCCCAAGACAAGUAGAUGUUUGUAUUGAUCACAGAAGAUGUGUAUGUUUACAUAAUUUAAUACAGUUUGAUGUUAAUACUUGUGUGUAUUUACAUAACCAUUUUCUUCAUACUGCUAAAAUAUAUGAAUCUGUUCAUAACCUGACUGACUUUAUAUAGUUCAGCCUAAGUUUUUAUGCUAGCCUUUAUCUUUUGACUUCAAAGAAUACUUUUUUACUUAGAUACUUCAGCUACAACAGUUUAUCUGUGCAUUUUAAUCCAUAAACACCUUCUCUAUCAGAGAAGUAGUAGUGAAGACAAAAUGGAAAUAAAAUAAACUGAAGUGUCAAAAAUACCACAGAAAUGGAACUUUAAAGAAGAAGAAAGUUAAUAUAAGAGAAAGUAAAAUUCAUUGGAUAUGUUCUGAGAACACAUACACAGUUUUUUAGUCAGUUUUAGAAUCUUAUCAAACUCAUAUGAAUAGGAGAAUACCUGAAUGUUCAUCACUCCCAUAAAAUAUGUUGUCUUUCUUGUAACAAGUAGAGAUCCACCUCAUUUUAAGGAUUAUGUGCUGCCUGACAUUCAAAAACAUAUUACAAAGAGGUAAUUUUACCUCUUUUAUAAAGUAUAACCUGUACCUUUCAGCCAUUGAGGAAAUUAAUAUCCUCUUUCCGAUUCAAUAUAAAUAAACAGAAAACAUGUUUUAAGACCAUUGCUGAAUUCUGAAAAUUCUGUAUAAUUUU